AUGCCCCGACCUUUUCAAAGUGAUGUUUCAAAGGACGAUGAGGAUCUCAACAAUGCGCAGAAACCUGUAGGAUUACUCAGAUGGGAGAACUUACAAGGCCAAGUUACAGAUGAAGUACCCAUAAUCUACGGCACGGAAUUGGUUGCUGGGAGAGAUCCAGGUCCAAGUCCAGGCUCAGAUCCAGCUUCAAUCCAGAAAUUCUUCAUCCCAGAUGAUACGAGUCGCCCAUUUGUCUCCAAGAGACAUUUCCGCAUCUACUCUAUCAUAUUCGACAAAAAUGAGCGGUCCGUACAACCUCUGAUCUAUUGCGAAGAUCUUGAGUCUACAAAUGGUACGUAUGUAAAUGAAUUAUGUAUUGGAAUGAUCGGUCGCGAAAGAAUUGCACAUCUUCUAUGCCAUGGCGAUGUAAUCGAAGUGCGUCCACACUGGCGAUUCCGACUGUAUCAGCCUUCCUGGUACCCGACGAGUGAUAACAAAGGGCAACCUGAAGAUCUGGAGUACUUUCGAGACCGGUACAUCGUAUCAAAUCGCAUGUUAGGCAGUGGCCAAUAUGGUGCUGUUUUCCUGGCGACCGAGAAGGCAACGUUCAAGCAGACCGCAUGCAAGGUCAUAGAUUUCAGGAGCUCUGCAGAUCAGAGACUACAAAUAGCCAAUAAGUCACUCGAUGAAACUGACACCAGAGAGUUAUCUGCGAAUGAAAAAGCUACUGUCAAGCGCGAGAUAAGCAUUCUCUCCCAACUCAGCCAUCCCCAUGUUGUCAACCUCAGAAAAGCGUUCUGCUCCGAUACGACCAUGUACGUAUUCACGGAUCUUGCCCCAGGAGGCGAUCUCUUCUCUUACAUCGAUGCCAACGGAGGCCCACUCACUGAUUGUCAUACUCGAAUUGUCCUUAGACAGCUCGUCAUGGCCGUGCAGUACCUACAUUCGGAAGGCAUUGUUCACCGGGACAUCAAGCCAGAAAACGUACUCAUUAUGCAUACUGAUCUCGGAGGUCGUGUUGUCUUGACCGACUUUGGCUUUGCAAUAGACGCCCGUCAAAAUCGUGGAAGGAUGAUGUCCAAGCUAGGCACACCAGGAUAUUGCGCACCUGAGGUAGAUACCAUCGAGCCUUCUAAUGUUGGCUACACUUCAGCUGUUGACAUGUGGUCGCUCGGUGUGGUGACUGCGGUCUUGUUGACGAAUGAUGCUAUAUUGCCGCGGGACAGCACAUCAGUCAGCCAGCUAGAGCUUGUGAAGCUCUUCCAUGGAUUGGAAGAUGGAACCAAACAAGAGAUCUGGGAGAAUUUAUCCUUACGGGCAUUGAGGUUUCUUCAGAAACUGCUUGUCAUCAAUGCAGCUGAUCGACUCACAGCCACAGAAGCACUGGAACACUCAUGGUUCACCAAACCUCCCUCGGAAGCAGCGGCCAUCAAAGAUUGUUGUGCGAAGAUAAUCCGGUUCUGGAAGCAACGCGACAAUGAUGAAGUAAUUGAAAGUCUUCCCCAUUCCCGCCAAAGCCAGCAGGACGAGCAUUAUCGCCAGGCAUCAAGGUCCAAGAAAAAGUUUCCUGACACUUCGUCUGUAUAUUUUUCUCUGGACCGGCACCUUCGUCCUCCAAAAGCGUCCCAGAGGCGGACUUUGCUACAAGGUCUCAGCAAAACGGGAUCACCUUUCGUGGCCACUUUGAAUUAUCCAAGGGCUUUUCAGCCUCAGAUCAUGUCGACCUACGGAAACGAUAUCUUUGGCAAAAGUCCAGAUACCCAACGUGAACACAAGCCGCCAAGUGACUUCAAUUCGGUGUCACACAUGUCAACAACUCCUACCAUACCGCUAUCCGAGAGGAAUGUUCUACCCAAUCUGGCUGAGUGUGAGGCUACCGAUUUAACUCUCGACUCUGUAUCGAGGAUAGACGCGGAAAGCGUAGAUCUGAAGAGUGAUUUCAAAAACGUUAACCGGAAGCGUGUGAGGUGGGAGUCGGAAGAUCCCGAAGAAAAUAAUCUUCGGGACGAGGUUGCGAACAUUGGACCCAAAUGGCAGAGUGCAAGAGAUUUCGGAAUCGCUGUUAGGAAAAAGAAGAUGGAAAUCGAACAAUUUCGCGAUAAGGGAGAGCCAACUCACCCGAGUCUUACCAUCAGAACUUCAUCACGAUCUGUUUAA